CAACCGCGAAGAUGCGCCAUGUUUCGAAACCAUCGCAUCCUGCGGCGGAGCGUGAUCGGCGUGGUGGGAUUAGCUCGGCGCUCUGAAUGUUGUCUCCACUGUAAAGCCGUGGACACCACAAAGAAACCAGAAAACCGAUCACCGACGAUACGUCCGCCCGGCGAAGAAGCCGUCAUGGACAGCCUGGAGCUGUCGACGGGCCAUCAGGCCGUGGUGGAAAAACCUGACAAGCCUCAGACAUCCGUCACCGAGGGUCGGGCCGAGGUGUUGUUCCCCAGCUCGCACGACGUGUUCUACAACCCCGUUCAAGAAUUCAACCGAGACAUGAGUGUUGCAGUCAUUCAGGAGUUCAUCGCUCUGCGACGCGAAGAAGCACAGCAGGAGAAACAAGUGGACGGAGACAGCCAACUUAAAGUAACUGUCUUGGAAGCCCUGGCGGCCUCUGGGCUGCGCUCCAUCCGGUACGCCCUGGAGAUUGAGGGCAUAGAGCGCAUUGUGGCCAACGACUACUCGGUGCAGGCAGUGGAGAGCAUCAAGCGCAACGUGGAGCACAAUAAGGUGGCGCACCUGGUGACCCCCAGCAGAGCGGAGGCAGCGCUCCUGAUGCACUCCCACAAGGCGGACCGGUUCGACGUGAUCGACCUGGACCCCUACGGCAGCCCUGCCAUGUUCCUGGAUGCCGCCGUGCAAGCAGUCAAGGAGAAAGGGCUGCUGCUGGUGACAUGCACGGACAUGGCCAUUCUGUGCGGCAACAGCAGCGAGACCUGCCGUGCCAAGUAUGGGGCCGUGUCGCUCAAGUCCAAGUGCUGCCACGAAAUGGCCCUGCGCAUUGUGCUGCAGAGCAUCGAGUCCCACGCCAACCGGUACGGCCGCUACACGGUGCCACUGCUGGCGCUCAGCGUCGACUUCUACGUCAGAGUCUUUGUCCGCGUCUACACCGGAGCGGCGGUGGUCAAGCGCUCCACCAGCAAGCUGGGUAUGGUGUACCAGUGCAGUGGCUGCGAGAGCUUCACCCUGCAGCCCCUGGGACGAUGCACGGAAAAGGGCACCGGCUUCAAGUGCAGCCCGGCCCAGGGUCCUCCUGUGGGGCCUUCCUGCUCCCACUGUGGCCACAAACAUCAUGUGGGGGGCCCCAUUUGGAUCAACCCGCUGCACGAUCUGGGCUUCGUGCGCCGUCUCAUCGACCGGGUGAGCGCAAAUCCAGAGCUGUAUGGCACCUCCAAAAGGAUGCUGGGAAUUCUGCACCUCCUCACCGAGGAGCUGCAGGUGCCGCUUUACUUCCUCUUGGACCGACUGGCAUCUAUCGUCCACGUUUCCACACCCAGCAUGCUCCAGUUCAGGUCUGCCCUGCUGCACCAGGGCUACAGGGUGUCCUUCUCCCAUGCCUGCAAGAACUCUGUCAAAACAGACGCUCCAAUGGACGUUAUUUGGGACAUCAUCCGCACCUGGAAGCUGCAGCAUCCUUCUAACAAGGCGCUGGAACCAGGGUCACCAGCCGAGGGCAUCAUGCGCACCCAACCCAAAGCCACGGUGAACUUUGUAAUGCAUCCGGAGGCCAAUCCAUCGUCGAGGGAACAGCAGCUGCUCCGGUACCAGGUGAAUCCUGAGCGGUACUGGGGCCCCAAGGCAAGAGCCAAGACCAGCCUGUGGUCCAACAAGGAAGCGGAGAAGCGGCAGAGGCAUCAGGGCAAGCGGAAGCUCAGGGCACUUUCAGACGCUGAUCCCAAGAGGCCAGCUCAGGAGACCUGCCAGCAAGCUGCCCACACCACACCAGAACCCACAGAAAAUGAGUAAAGGCGCUCAAAAAGAAAA